AUGGUUUCUCCAGUUCUGCCUCCAAACCAAGAUGAUAAAACUCCCAGGCUGAGCUUGAUCCAAGAAAACAAAAAACUGCAGGACAAGACAAAGCAAACUGCCAGCAAACGAAUCGAACGAGACCGACUUAAAAUGGUAAUAAGAAACUUGUCGUUAUUGAAGCUACUCAAGAGCUCAAACAGUCGGAUCCAAGAGCUGCAUAGCUUGGCUAGAAAGUGCUGGAAUUCAAUAAUCAGAGUUCCCAAGAUCCUCCAAAUCUCCUCUGGGGACAACAAUGUCUGCAAGAAAGUGAAAGAAAAGAGUGAAGAACUCCAGAAGGCUGGGUCCCUGAAAAAGCAACUGGAGUCCAUAGGGGAACCUACGGAGCCAAGGUCCAAGGAUUGGAAGCCCAAGCUGGAGUCAAAGCUGGAGAACAAGGCAAAAGAGCCACACGUGAUGGUGCCAAGAGAACAGAAGUGUCCCAAGGGUCCAAGGACAUCAAGUGGUGUUGGCCUGAGAACCAGAGCCCAGGGGAGGCAGCUCCGCUCCAAGGGUCCCCAAAUCCUCUUCUUGAAGGUCUAUCAUCACAGAACUCCCAUGGGAGACAAGAAGCAGCCGGGUGUAGAUGACCAGUGGGUCUGGUUUGAUGGGCUGCCCACCCGCGUCCGCGUCCCAGGGCCCCGGGUCAUGUGCAGACCCUCUGCCUUACGCUCAGCUAAGCGCUGCUGCACCCGUUUCUGCUCCGCAUCCCUUGAGAUGCCUAUGCGCCGGCAAUACAAGGUGGGUGUGAGAACACCGCCGCCCCCAACUGGGCCCGAGACUCAGCCUUCAGGCCCAGAGAGGGGAAGCCAUUCACAGCAAGGUUAAUAGCUGGGCUGGAGUCUCUCAGGAAAACAAUAGGGGUUCUGAGAAAGAAAGGAGGCCGCAAGUGUGAUUCUGACCUGGAUCGUCUGCAGGGUGAGGAGCUACUGUGGCUCUGAAUUCCAGUCAGAGGUUUAAGCAAACCGAUUUAGGGAGUUCCAAAAUGUGGGAGGAAACAGCCAGAUCAAAUAACUCGUGUUUAAGGAGGAGAGGGAGGAGAAGGUUGGGAGGGCCUGUCCCUUACUUCCUCAUGCGCCCUGAUUAUCAGGGGAGCAGGGGAAGACUUCGGCCCCUCCUGGGAAGAACUGAGGUCCCAGGAGAGGAAAGCGUUCUUGCCUCCUGAGUUGACAUGGAGGUCCCCAGGCCCUCGCCGCGACAGCGCCCUCUGGGGGCGAUCCCUGCGGUAACACCGAGAGGUCUCUCCGCAGGUGGUGUGAGCGGGGAAGGAAAACUUGGGAAAAGGAUAGAAAUCUACAAUCAGCCGAACGCCAGGGAUGCGCGGGAAAAUUCAACAAAUAAAGUCUCCCCCCAC